CCGCCCCCACCAUCGACACCCGCGACCAACUCUCUCUCUCUCUGACGCCGCCCCGGCCGCGCACACGCUCUUUCCGCUCCUCUCGCUCCUCUCCACCAUGGCGCAAGCCGCAGCCCCCGCACAGAUGCACAGCGGCGCUGUGAAAGCUACGCUCAGCGCGCUGGACCCUGAACUCAGUAGCGCCAACACACUCAAGAUCGAAAACACGGAAAAGCGCGAUGCGCUGAUCAAGGAGGAGAAGAAGUACCAACAGCAAUGGGCCGACGCACAUGUCUUCGAGCCCGAGGCGCCCUCCCUAGACGAGGAGCCCUUCGACACGACCACACCCGACCAGCUGCACGAGAAAUACCCCAAGUGGCUCGGCAACUUCGCGUUUCCCUACAUGAACGGCACCCUCCACGCCGGCCACGGCUUCACCGCCUCCAAGAUCGAGUUCACCGCCGGCUUCUCGCGGAUGCAGGGCAAGCGCACUCUCUUCCCGCUCGGCUACCAUCUCACUGGCAUGCCCAUCAAGGCAUGCUCGGACAAGCUCGUCCGCGAGGUCGAGAUGUUCGGCAAGAACUUCGAGCGCUGCCCCGUCGACGACAUCGUAGAAGAGGGCCCGGCCGACAGCGCCGUUCCUCCCGCGCCCACCCAGUCCGAGAACCGCACCGACCUCUCCAAGUUCUCCGCAAAGAAGGGCAAGGCUGCGAGCAAGACGGUCAAGGCGAAAUACCAGUUCCAGAUCAUGCUUGCCCAAGGCAUACCGCUCGAGGAGAUUCACAAGUUCGCAGACCCCUACCACUGGAUCGAAUACUUCCCGCCGCUCGCGAAGCGCGACCUGACGUCGUUCGGAGCCCGCAUGGACUGGCGCCGCCAAUUCACCACGACCGAUGCCAACGCAUACUUUGACAGCUUUGUCCGGUGGCAGAUGCGCAAGCUCAAGGAGAUGGGCAAGAUCAUAUUCGCAAAGCGAUACACCGUCUACUCGCCCAAGGACGGACAGGCCUGCCUCGACCACGACCGUGCCAGCGGAGAGGGUGUCACCGUGCAAGAAUACACUGCGCUGAAGAUGAAGGUGAAGGAGUGGUCCGAGACAGCCCAAAAGGAGCUUGACGGAAAGCUGCCUGCCGAUGCGAACGUUUUCUUCAUCCCCGCAACCCUCCGACCCGAGACCAUGUACGGCCAGACAUCGUGCUUCGUUGGCCCAACCCUCAAGUAUGGCGUUUUCCAGUGUGGAUCCGAAUACUUUGUCUGCUCCCCACGUGCGGCGCGCAACAUGGCCUACCAAGGCAUCUUCCCCGAAUGGGGCGUAUUCCCGCAAGUCGCGACUCUGCUCGGCAAGGAACUCAUCGGCACCAUCGUCAACGCUCCUCUCUCGAUUCUCACCGAGGGCGUCCGAAUCCUCCCUAUGGAGACUGUCAAGGACACGAAGGGCACAGCAGUCGUCACAUGCGUGCCUUCUGACUCGCCUGACGAUUACAUCACCUCCCUCGACCUCGCCAAGAAGGCUGAAUACUAUGGCAUCCAGAAGGAAUGGGUCCACUUCGACGACAUCCUACCCAUCAUCUCAACACCUUCAUUCGGAGACCUCACCGCGAAGCACCUUGUCGAGACGCUCAAGAUUCAAUCACCCAAAGACACAAAGAAGCUUGAAGAGGCGAAGGAGAAGGCAUACAAGGAAGGUUUCUACAAGGGAACCAUGAUUUACGGAGAUUUCAAGGGCAAGAAGGUCGAGGACGCCAAGAACCUCGUCCGUAAGCAGCUCAUUGAGCAAGGUCUUGCAUUCGGCUACGGUGAGCCUGAUGGCAAGGUCAUGUCGCGCUCUGGCGACGAAUGCACGGCCGCUCUGUUGGACCAGUGGUUCAUGAACUACGGCACCACCGAGAACGGCGGAGACGGCGAGUGGGCCGCGCAGGUUCUGCAACAGAUCGAAGACAUGGAGCUGUACUACCCCGAGGCCAAGCAUGCCUUCGAGCAGGUCAUCAACUGGCUCGCUAACUGGGCUUGCGCACGCUCGUACGGUCUUGGAACGAGGCUGCCCUGGGAUGAGUCUGUCAUGGUCGAAUCUCUGAGCGACUCCACCAUCUACCAAUCGUACUACAGCUUCGCCCAUCUGCUUCACAAGGACAUGUUCGGAAAGCAGGUUGGGCCUCUCGGAAUCAAGCCUGAGCAGAUGUCUGAUGAUGUCUGGGACUAUGUGCUUGGACGCCGCGACCGAGGAGACAUCCCAGAGACAAGCAUCCCCAAGAAGGAAAUACAGACGCUGAGACGCCACUUCGACUACUGGUACCCGCUGGACAUGCGUGGAUCCGGCAAGGAUUUGAUCCAGAACCAUCUCACCUUCAAUCUCUACAUCCACACAGCUCUGUUCCCCAAGGAGAACCGACCUCGCUCUUUCCGCGUGAACGGCCACCUUAUGCUCAACGGAGAGAAGAUGAGCAAGUCGACCGGAAACUUCCUCACCAUCCAGGGCGCCGUCGAGAAAUUCGGUGCCGACGCGACUCGUCUCGCGCUCGCUGAUGCCGGUGACGGUAUCGAGGACGCCAACUUCGAAGAGGCGGUCGCGAAUGCCAACAUUUUGAAGCUGUUCGAGCUCAGGAAAUGGUGCGAGGAGAUGGUCCGAGACGCUAUCAUUGUGGAAGACGGCAACAAGUACAAGCAGGCCAUCAAGGAGCGCAUCAAGAACAUCGAUGUAGUGCAGCGAAAGUCUGGCAGCCCACGCGUGCUUCUCGACAACCUGUUCGACAACGAGCUCAACUCUCUCGUCACCGAGGCCCGCAAACACUACGAGACAACCAUGUACAAGUCCGCCCUCAAGGCCGCAUACUACGACUUCACCGCUGCGCGUGACUUCUACCGCGAAGCCACCAAAGCGGCAGGUAUCGGUAUGCACGAAGAUCUCGCUAAGCGCUACAUUGAGCUGCAAGCCCUCCUCAUCACGCCCAUUGCUCCCCACUGGUCCGAGUACAUCUGGCUCGAAGUCCUCAAGAAGCCCUCCACCAUCCAGAACGCGCUAUACCCGACCGUCCCCGACACAGACGCCGGUCUCACCGCGGCCCGCGAGUUCGUCCGCAACACCCAAUCUAACAUUACCUCCGCCGAGGGCCAGGCCGUCAAGCGUCUCGCCAAGGGCAAAGCCGCGCUCUUUGACCCCAAAAAGGAGAAGAAGAUCACUAUCUUCAGCGCCCACAGCUUCCCCGAGUGGCAGAAGAAGUACGUCGACCUGCUCCGCAAAGAGUACCCCAACAUCGACAUCAAGACCAUCUCGAAGAGCGUCGACAAGGCCGAGAGCAAGAAGGCGAUGCCCUUCAUCAACGGGCUAAAGCGCCGCCUGGACAACGGCGAGUCGGUCGAUGCGGUGCUGAACCGCCAGCUGCCGUUCGACGAGCUUGUGACGCUGCAGGCGAUGGUGCCUGGCUUGAAGCAGACGGUGCAGAAGUGUGUGGCGGUCGAAAUCGUCGCUGUCGAGGAGGGCGGCAAGGCGGGUACGAUUAUCAACGAGGAUGGAAGUAAGGGUGAGAGAAAGGAGGAGUUGCCGCCGCAUGCUGGAUCUGCUGAGCCGGGGAGCCCGAGCUUUGCGUUUGAGAAUGUGGAGAGUCUGCCUGUGCGAUAAGCUAGGUCGGAGAAGAGAUGAACGUACGUUGAUACGCGAGCAUUGCACGGUAUCGCAUGGGAUGGAUUGGCAUGGGUUGGGUUUGGCGCAGCUUGGACGGAUGGACAAACGAAAGGAUGAAUACUAUGCACAUAAAGGCUUUUCUGUUAAGACGUGUGCUCUGUGUACUGGAUGACUAGUUAUGAGAGAUGUGCUAA